AUGGCAAUCCCACUGGAUCCUCGAUUUCGCGUUUCGAAGCCCGUCCAUAACCCUCACACGGGCAAUAUGGCGGCUAUGCGAGCUCGACACAAGAUUCGUGCUCCUCGUCGGAGUGCCGCAUCUGCGCCGACAGAGGAUUUCGAUACAAUCUGGGGCGAGCUCUCGUCCUCCCUCACAGAAAUCCACACGAAGAAUGGCUCCUCUUUGUCGUUCGAAGAACUCUACCGAAAUGCAUACAGGAUGGUGUUGAUGAUGCGGGGUGACGACCUGUACGAGCGGACCAAGUCGCUGGAAGAGAAUUGGCUACGGAAUCAUGUUCAAAAGCAGGUCACAGACUCCAUUCUGCCGAUUCUUGUACGGGCACAGAAUCCUACGAGCAUGGCGGAUGUUCAAGACCAGUCCAACGAGAGGCGCGCUGCGGGGGAACGCUUCUUGGCUGUUCUGAAAGAUGCCUGGUCUGAUCAUCUGCUCUGCAUGGGCAUGAUUACGGAUGUCUUGAUGUACAUGGACCGCAUCAUCUCCGCAGACCGCACCAAGCCCUCCAUCUUCGUCGCCUCCAUGGCUCUCUUCCGCGAUCACGUCCUCCGGGCCCCCGUUCGUCCCGGCUCCAAUGUCACUGUCGCAGAUGUUCUCGAGUCUACGGUGCUCUUCAUGAUUCAACUGGAACGCGCAGGCCAUAUCAUCGAACGGCCAUUGAUCCGGCACUGCAUUCAAAUGCUGGAAGGCCUGUACGAGACUAUCGCAGAGGAGGAAAGCACCAAGCUUUACCUCACUACAUUUGAAAUAGCUUUCCUGAACACCAGCCGAGACUUUUACAGGGAGGAGGGAAUCCGGUUGUUGGAGGUUGGAGAUGCUGCAACCUUCUGCCGCAUUGCCUCGCAGCGCAUUGCCGAGGAACAGGAGCGGUGUCGCUACACACUCGCCGCCAUAACUGAGCCGAAGAUUGCCGAAGUAUUGAACCAAGAACUCAUUCGCGAGAAUAUCGAGGAAGUGGUUCGCCUGGAAGGAACAGGAGUUCGGUACAUGCUUGACCAGAAACAGCUUGAUGGCCUGUGGAACGUUUACAUCCUCAAUGCUAGGGUGGACGAGAAAAAGCGCGCUCUCACUGGUGAGGUGAGUAAGCGCAUCGUCGAGCUGGGCCUUGAAAUCAACGCGUCGUCCCUUGCUCAGCCACAGGCUCCAUCUGCCCCUGAAAAGGACGCUGGAGGCGAGAAGAAGGAAAAGGGCAAGGAGAAAGAGAAAGCUGUCAAUCCACAGACUGCGUCAGCAAUCAAGUGGGUCGACGAUAUCCUGGCUCUUAAGCGACAGUUUGACGAUGUCUGGGAGAAAUCUUUCAUGUCCGACCAGAAUCUCCACAAGUCCAUCGAGGACAGCUUCAACGAUUUCAUCAACAAGAACAGCCGCAGCUCGGAAUACCUCUCGCUGUUCUUCGACGAGAAUCUCAAGAAGGGCAUCAAAGGCAAGACGGAAAACGAGGUGGAUGCCCUUCUGGACAAUGGUAUCACGCUUUUGCGAUACAUCAGGGAUAAGGAUCUCUUUGAGACCUACUACAAGAAGCACCUUGCCCGCCGACUCUUGAUGAAACGAUCAGCCAGCAUGGACGCGGAGCGACAAAUGAUUUCCAAGAUGAAGAUGGAGGUCGGCAACCAGUUCACUCAGCGCAUUGAGGCUAUGUUCAAGGACAUGGCAGUUUCGGAGGAUCUGACGGCGAGCUACAAGGAGCAUAUUGCCCGCCAUGGCGAUCUCGAUCAAAAGCGUAUCGAUCUGGACGUCCACAUUCUCACCAGUACAAUGUGGCCACUGGAAGCCAUGCUCAAGGCCAGAAACGGCGAGAUGCAGAUGCGCUGUAUCUUCCCGCGCGAGGUCGAGAGUAUCAAGCAGAGCUUCGAAAAGUUCUACCUUGACAAGCACAGUGGCCGCAAGUUGUCUUGGCAGGCGCCCAUGGGCUCCGUCGAUCUCCGAGCCACAUUCCAGCGAAGCAACGGAAAGACGAGCCGCUUCGAGCUCAACGUCUCUACAUACAUGAUGGUCAUCCUCCUUCUCUUCAACAACAUUCCAGAUGGCGAAUCCCUGACCUUUGAGGAGAUUCAAGAGCGUACUGGUAUCCCCGAGUACGACCUUAUUCGCAACCUCCAGUCGCUGGCGGUUGCUCCGAAGACGCGAGUCCUUAAGAAGGAACCUAUGAGCAAGGAUGUCAACCCUACGGACCGGUUCUUCUUCAAUAAUAACUUCCAGAGCCCGUUCGUUAAGGUCCGAAUUGGCGUGGUUGCUGGCGGCGCGAAUAAGGUUGAAAACCAGGAUCAACGCAAGGAGACUGAGAAGAAGAUGAGUGACGAGCGCGGUGGCAGUAUCGAGGCUGCCAUCGUCCGUAUCAUGAAACAACGGAAGAAGCUUGGUCACGUUGGCCUGAUGAACGAGGUCCUCACCCAGCUAUCGGCUCGCUUUGUUCCCGACGUGAACAUGGUCAAGAAGCGCAUCGAGAGCCUGAUUGAUCGCGAGUAUCUGGAGCGUCUGGAAGACGAACCGGCCACUUACGGAUACAUCGCUUAA